AAUACUUUUAAUUUCCACCUGCUAUGAUGUGUUUUAAAAUAUACAAUACGGAAAUAAAACCAUUGGGAUUCCAUGAGAAAAUUUCUUAUUUGUCAUAAUUAUACCUUUAAAUAAUUUAUAUUCACCUAACUGGUAUCUUGAGUUUAAUAAAUUCCAAUAUGAAUAUACUAUUCAGAAGAAAGAGUCCUAUGUAAUAACUGUUUCGAUAUGGUAAAAGUAUCGUAUUCAUCAAAGCUCCCAAAUGGAGUUGAACGGACUUCUAAAGAGAGACAUACAAAAUCGGAAAAUAAAAAUGUAAAUCUAAGAAGAUUACCACGGAGGGGAGUGGCAAGGUCUAAAUGCCAUCAUCAAAGACGAAAGAAGUGUAAAAGGGAUAUUACAAUAUUAGAAGUAAUCAUCUUCGAGAUUCACAUUGUGUACGCGGCAGAAUUCAGUGCCUUCAUUCGGCAUGUACUCUCCAGUUUUCAAGAGUUUACGGUUUAUUUUCGAUAUAAGGAUGGUCAAUAUCGCUGUUUCGUGUUGCUUGAUCCAACAGAAGAGCUCAAUAUAAUAGAGGAGAAUCAACAUGUACAGAAAUGUUCUUAUCUCUCCAAGGUUCCUUUUACGGACUUUCUUGUAAGAAGGUCGAGAUCUGCGGGGUCUUUUUUGGUACUAAAAAAGACGACAGACUGCCAGCGGCUGUUUGAAAAGCUUCAAUGGUACGUUGACGAUCACUUUUGUCAAUAUAAAGUUGAUCUGUCAAAGAAACAGUUGACUUAUCUGCCAUAUGAAGAUGACCCUCUACAUAACGUGUAUUACUUUGGUGACCUUACGUUAGUUGAAAACAGGAGCGCUGACACGACUUCCGGAAGAAACAAGAACAGCGAUCUUGUUGUUUCGCUGAAAGGGAUUAACGAAACUGUUUUUCCCCAUGACAAUAGCUCUUUUGAAAAUUCAGCAUGUCCAUCAAGUUUUAACAAGGGCAUAGUGUACAAUGACGGCCUAUUGUUACCAAACCCCUCGUCUUGGCGGGCAGGGAUUAGAUUGGGCGAAGAUGCAAAUGCGCAUGAGCAGAACAACAUUUCAACAUAUGAGAGCGCUAGGGCAGAUGACAAAUCACGAAGCAACAGAAAACGGCCUCGCUAUCCAGGGAAAAUUACCGUGGAAAACAGACUGGACACGUUUAACGCCUGGCCGCAUUCAGCACCGACACCACAAACGCUUGCAGUAGCUGGCUUCUUUUUCACGGGCGAUGCGGACCUGGUUCGGUGCCACCAGUGCGGUAUCGGUCUCAAAGACUUCAACCCGGUUGACGAUCCAAUGUCAGAGCACAUUAAAAACUCUGGCAAUUGUGACUUCCUCAUUGACUUGUAUGGGGUGACUGGAUUGGAACAGAAAAGGUGUCUUAUUAACGACCCCGAAACAAUAAGAAGACGGCAGUUGGUAUCGUUCCAAACACAACAAGUCCCAGAUACUACAUACCGUAGGCCCGAGUACGCUAGUUAUGAGGCCCGCCUGGCCACAUUUAAUAGCUGGCCGGAAGAGGCGUCUCAGAGGCCGCACCAUCUGGCAGACGCUGGUCUCUACUUCGCAGGUGUUGAAGAUCACGUGCGGUGUUUCGCCUGUGACGGAGGACUGCGACGGUGGGAUGCGGGAGACGACCCUUGGAUAGAACACUGCCGCUGGUUUCCGGCUUGUCCCUUCGCCAGGGCAACCAAGGGGGACCAAUUUAUCGAGCUCAUUCAGGCUUCAGUUGACCAAGGGGAAGAGUUUUCAGAACUGGAAGAAACAAGACCUGUGCCACAGCUUCAGGAAAAUUCCCCUGAAGACGUCGUGACUUCUGGUAUAGACAACAUCACGCUUGGGCGUGCGGAGCUGGAGGAACACCGUCGCACGUGCACUGAGGAUCUUGGGUUUCCAGAAGAAGAGUUUGAAGAGGCCCUCAUUAAGCUUAGAACAAGUGGCAAUAUCCUUCCAACAUUGGAAGAUCUUAUCAUCUGCAUAGGGGAUAUCCAGAAACGAAAUGAAAUUCGACAAUUUCAACUUGAAGCAGUGACAGUGGACACCCCAGAAAGCAUCCUUGAAGAGAACGCUCGCUUGAAGCACAUCUUGAAAUGCCAGCGGUGUAAUGUCAAUAACGUUAACGCACUGUUCUUGCCAUGUGCUCAUCACCGACUGUGCAUGGACUGCGCUAGCAAAUAUGACGUCACGGUGUGUCCCGUUUGUGACCGGCCGAUCAGGGAAAUCGUUAAAACGUUCAUGGGUUGAAAACCGCCGAAUAACUCAUACAUUUACACAUAUUGAAGUCAGAAGACAGAAAUGAAAAGGGAAAACUAAUCCUUAUGUUUAUAUAAAUCAAUACAAGAUUUUUUUGUUAUUGAAUGGAGACUCUCUUGCAAUCAAACCAUUCUGUGAUAACUUUUACGUUUAUGGAGUAUAUUAUAUAUUUAUUAUAUUGUAUUUAUAUAAUUUAAUAAUAUAUUUAAUAAUUUAUAAUAUAUAUAUUUCUCUUUUACUCUACAUAGAGUUAACUGAUAUACAUCAAAUUGUU